GCAAGGUUUGUAAACAGUGUUGGCGGUGGCGGCGGCGGGAGUUAUUAUUUACCGGGAAUAUCUGCAUCAUCCUCCUCACCACUGAAGUAUUUCCCUCACCCACUGCACUGCGAGUUGUUCAACAUCAUAGGCACAAUGGAACAGGAGGAAUUGCAGUACGAUGAAGGUGUGGAUGCUGGCGAGGGUGGAGACGAAAACUUUGUAGGAGCAGGAGAUGAUGAUCAUCAGCUUAAUGAUACAGAUCAGUCCAUAGAAACAGAACUGGAAGCUAUUAAAGCACGAGUCAGGGAAAUGGAAGAAGAGGCAGAGAAAAUUCGCCAAAUUCAGUCAGAAGUGGAUAAACAGAUGAAUUUGGGUUCACCUCCUGGUGCUGCAGGGGCAACAUCACCACUCAAUAUGUCCCUGGAGGAAAAGAUGGAAGUGGAUGCACGUUCUAUAUAUGUUGGUAAUGUUGACUAUGGAGCAACAGCAGAAGAGCUUGAGCAACACUUCCAUGGGUGUGGUGCUGUCAACAGAGUUACUAUACUUUGUAAUAAAUAUGAUGGACACCCAAAAGGCUUUGCUUAUAUAGAAUUUGCAGAGAAAGACUCGGUUCAGAUGGCAAUGGCAUUAGAUGAGUCACUCUUCAGAGGAAGACAACUUAAGGUAAUGCCUAAACGUACAAACAAACCUGGAAUCAGCACCAGCAAUCGACCUCCAAGAGUUAUGAGGGUUGUAGGACGUGGACGAGGACGCUUUUACUCAGGCUACCGACCUAUGAGACGACCAUCCAGUUCCGAUAUCUUCCCUGCCCUGAACAGGGCCAUCAGCACUGAACAAUACUCUAAAUGAGAGAGCACAAGUGAU